AUGGAUGAUCACUUGCUGAACUUGGGUUUUGUGAAGAUUCUAAGUGAAUCCACACUCUAUGUGAAGAAAUCAAGUACUGCUAUUGUGAUUGUAUCUCUCUAUGUAGAUGAUUUGUUAGUGACGGGAAGUGAUGAUGUUCAGAUAGAGAUAUUCAAGAAAGAAAUGAUGAAGGUGUUUGAGAUGACUGAUCUAGGUCCGAUGCAUUACUUCCUAGGUAUGGAAAUUCAACAAAGGCAGAAUGAAAUGCUCCUCUGUCAGAAGAAGUAUGUAAGAGAGAUAUUGAAGAUGUUCAAUAUGGAGGAGUGUAAGAGUGUGAACACUCCAAUGAUUCAGAAGAAGAAGUUACAAAAGAAUAAUGGAGAGGAACCUACCGAUGAGAAUGUGUAUAGAAGUUUAGUUGGAUGCUUCAUGUAUCUCACAUCUAUUAGGCCUGACAUUAUGUACAUUGUAAGUGUCUUAUCUAGAUUUCUUCACUGUCCAAGCAAGAAUAAUAUGGUUGCUGGAAAAAGGGUUAUGAAAUAUCUAAAAGGCACACUAUCUUUUGGGAUCAAAUUUAGUAAAGUUGAAAAUUUUAAGUUGCAAGGCUACUCAGAUAGUGAUUGGGCUGGGUUAUUAGAUGAUAUGAAGAGCACCUCUGGCUAUUGUUUCACUUUUGGCUCAGGAUGUUUCUCAUGGUGUUCAAAAAAUCAAGAUAUAGUGGCUCAGUCAACUGCAGAAGCUGAGUUCAUUGCAACGAUGACAGCAGUCAACCAAGCUGUUUGGUUGAAGAAAUUGAUGCAUGACUUGUAUCUGAAGUAG